CCAGCGGAGCGAGGAGGAACUUUCAAGUGUUGGGUUAGGGAAACUAAACUACAGGUCUGUGCUCGUUCAAACGGACACUCAGAAGAGCAACUGAAGAGAUGGACAGAUGGAACCAGGAGGAACACCAGGCCGGGGCUGAUACAGACUAACAUGACCUCUCCAUCUGGCUAUUUAACCUGAUCUGAACCUCCUGAAGACUGUUACGGGACGGAUGACUGACCAUUGGGACUGAAAUUGGAGGGAGUUCACUAUGGAUUUAUACAAAUGUUUGAGCAUACUUGUCUUCAGUCUUCCUCCACAAGUUUGUUUCCAAGUUGGACCUCGUGCCCACGCUGAAGAGAGGCUGCUCCACGAUCUGUUCGUACAUUACAAUAAGCUCUCCCGGCCUGUGGAAAACACCUCAGACACAGUGCUAGUCCACUUUGGACUGUCUAUUGCCCAACUUAUUGAUGUGGAUGAGAAGAACCAGAUGAUGACCACAAACGUCUGGGUCAAGCAAGAAUGGAAUGAUUACAAACUCCGCUGGAACCCGGAAGAAUACGAAAAUGUAACUUCCAUCCGUAUUCCCUCAGAGAUCAUCUGGAGGCCCGACAUUGUCCUCUACAACAACGCUGAUGGCGACUUUGCGGUAACUCACCUCACUAAGGCACAUCUGUUCUAUGACGGUCAGAUAAAAUGGAUGCCACCGGCCAUUUACAAGUCUUCAUGCAGCAUAGAUGUCACAUUUUUUCCUUUUGACCAGCAAAGCUGCAAGAUGAAGUUUGGCUCGUGGACCUAUGACCGCGCCAAAAUUGAUCUGAUCAGCAUGGCCAGUGAUGUGGACCAGAUGGACUACUGGGAGAGCGGCGAGUGGGUCAUUGUCAAUGCUGUGGGCAAGUACAAUACCAAAAAGUACGAGUGCUGCACAGAGAUCUACUCAGACAUCACUUACUACUUCAUCAUCCGUAGGCUUCCAUUGUUUUACACCAUUAACCUUAUCAUCCCCUGUCUUCUUAUCUCCUGUUUGACUGUGUUGGUGUUUUAUUUGCCAUCGCAAUGUGGAGAGAAGAUCACCUUGUGUAUCUCAGUGUUACUGUCCCUAACAGUAUUCCUCCUGCUGAUCACAGAGAUUAUACCGUCUACAUCACUGGUUAUUCCACUGAUCGGUGAAUAUCUGCUGUUCACCAUGGUCUUUGUCACACUCUCCAUCAUAAUUACUGUCUUUGUGCUGAACGUACAUCACCGAUCACCACAAACCCAUGGCAUGCCUCAGUGGGUGCGGAGAGUAUUUUUGGACAUGGUGCCUCGAGUCCUCUUCAUGAAGCGUCCGCCAGGCACAGCCAAGCAGAACUGCAAAAAGCUUAUCGAGAUGAUGCACCGUCCUACUACCAUAUCUGCAACAGGCAACUCACAAGCCUUUUGGACAGGGUUAGAGACAGGGUUGAGACAGAUGGGACAGGUAGAGAAUACACUCCCAAAGACUCCAUCUGACAGUCCAAGCAUCCUUGUAUGCUCACCUUCUCCACUCUCUUCCCCUCUUGAGAACCACAACGAGGAUGAUCUAAAACAGUCCCUAUGGGCCCACAACUCUGCAGCCUCAUCUUCUUCCCAAUUGUCCUUGGCCCCAACAUUGCCACUGGGCCCACUCUGCAGCCUAUCCACGGAAGAACCAAUUACACUGGCCCCAAAUGGCCGAUCUAUCAGCGUAGAGCAAAUGUGUGACCAACAGAAGGAGCUUCCUCAGAGAGCUGGGCCUCGGUGUCGCUCCAGCAGCUUCCAGUACUGCUGUCUGCAUGAUGAAGGGCCUGGGCUCAUGACAAUUGCAGGGUGGGUGAAGAAACAAAGCCCUACAGAUCACUUAGCAGAAACCCUCACAGUAGAGUCCACUAAAGACCAGAAUACCCAACAGGGCACCUUGGUUUCAACUAUUUCCCCAGCUAUGCAACGGGCCAUAGAAGGAGUUCAGUACGUCGCUGAUCAUCUCAGGGCUGAGGAUGCAGAUUUUUCAGUGAAAGAGGACUGGAAGUAUGUGGCCAUGGUCAUUGACAGGAUAUUCCUCUGGAUGUUUGUACUGGUGUGCAUACUGGGAUCUGUGGGACUCUUUCUUCCUCCUUGGCUGGCUGGAAUGAUCUAGAAUUUCACCAUUGAAGGUCACCGUCCACUAACGCUGAAAGGAAGACACACUGUCUUAUCUAUAAAAAAAAGUUUAUCAUUUAUCUUUUCAUUUUUCUAAGGAACUACAAGUCACACUCCUUGAGGUUAUCAAAAGGGUACUCACGAAGAAAUGAGAUAAAAUAUCUCUCAUUGAUUCCAGUGGGCAUAUCAAUUCUUUAUGAGGGCAAAAGGCCAACAGCGAAAAUAUCUCUUCACACCACUCCAUUUUGACAUUGAGCCGUAUAGCUCACCUUCAUAAAAUAAAACCUAAUAAGAAGAAGAAUAAAGUUUGACCAAUUUACAACUGCAGAAAACAACACAAAAAAAGAUUCGUUUUUUCUGACAAUGUAACAUGUUUAGAAGACUGUAUAAGGUUGGUUUUGAGUUAAAAUUGUAGCAUUCCAACUACAAUGUCAAUGUUAUAGUAUCCUUACAGUGUGUGUGUGAAUAUGUGUUCAGGUGUGACGCUUUUUUUCCAAUAGUCACUGCUUGGUAAGCAGACAUACAGCUGUGUGAUUUUCAAAGUAUUUAAAUAAACGCAUCUAUUCAAUAUUUCUUUGUCCAGUCAUGGAUAGCUCUUCCCCCCUUAACCCCAAAAAAGGCAUGGGCACAUUUUUUUCUAUUGCUUGAUAAAUCAGUAGAAUAGGAAUGGAAUGUUUUCAGGUUAUUUUUGUCAAGCAUGAUUUUCAAGCAUAUAAUCAUUCGUUU